AUGGAGGCGGCUAUUGCAGAGGCAGACAGACAGCUGGCCGAGCUGCUGCAGCUGCAGCAGGUUCAACAGAAGCAAGACCUCAUGCGGCUCUCAGAAGCUCACGCUGUGUCCAACGCGGAUGCCGCGUUCCGUAGGGGCCUGGAAGAGCUGAUUCAGGACCACCUUAACACGUGUUUGGCCCUUGCCAACUGCGGCCCGGCCACUCAACAUCCCCAUCCUUACUUGAGCCACCCACUAGCCGCUGAGGGACCAUCUCAGAGUGGCGUCCCGUCUGCCAGUGCUGUCGGCUCCGCCGACUCCGCAAAUAACAGCAGUUCCAGUGGUGUUGAAAGCAGUGGGACGGCUUCUGAUGGAGCCGGUAGCAGCUGCUGCAUGACCGCUCUCCGUGGCGGUGUCGGCAUGACGAUGGAUGAUCCUUCUCUGCCAUCGCUGCUUCGUGAUGCUUCUGACAGUAACGUUGAGAACCACGGUUUCAUCCCUGCUGUUGACAGCAUUGGAUUAGCUGGUUCUUCCGCCCAGAGGCACAAUGGCGUCGCACCGACCGUUGAAGACGUUGAAGCCGCAGCGGCGGCAGCUGCGGCUGUAGCAGGCAUCGCUGUCUCUGAUGUGGGUAGCAACGCGACAGGGAGUGGGAAUGAGUCGUCGUCCCCCGCGCAAGGAGAUGUGGCUCAUGCACAGCAGCGGUGGGACGAGGUGCAGGCGGAUGCGGAGGCGAUCAGGCUCGCACUGGAGCGAGAGGCGAGGGAGCGGGAGUUACUGAGACUGGCAGAACUGCAUGCCGCCAGCGUGCUCGAUGACGCCUUUCGCUCCUCGCCUCCCAUCGCCUCCCGCUCUCCCCCUGAGGAUCCAGCAAACUAUGCGAUACCCGACCAUCCAGACGCGUCUGUGAUGCACAUGUGGCCGCCUCUUGAGCAGCCUCUGCCUGCUUAUAGCCCGGUCGGGCAGACAGGAAGCCCUGAGGAGGUGCACGAGAGUGAUGCGGAACACACAAGUGAGGGGAUUCAGGUGCAAAACGGGGGUGCGAUGGAGAGGAUCGAAACGGCGGGCAGCACAGGCUCCCGUGGGUCUGUGCGCGGUCGCUCGCCAGGUUACUUAUCUGCCUCGCCCGGCAGCAGCAACUUGUCAUCCUCCCAACCAUCACCACGAGCCACAGCGCCGCUCGCAGCCACCGUUGCUGUGCAACCCAGCGCUGUCUUGGGUGCCGACAGCACUAUGGAGCUGGAUGGGAGCAUGGACGGGGAGGCGCGUCUGAUGCAGUUGCUGCUGCGGGUGGAGAGGGAGCGGCAGCGGGAGCUAGCAGCACUGCUCUCCUUCAGAGCUGUCACCGAGUCAUCCUCACGUGAUCGGAUCCAGGCGUGGAUGCAGCGCCGGAACUUGCUGGUGCAGCAGGAGCAGGUGGAGGAUGAGAACGAAGAGCAGACACAGAUGACAGAGGCGCAGGAGGAAAUAGGAGCACUGCGAACGCACCGAUUUGUUUCUGGGAUCGAGUCCCAGUUCAGAUCCAACUUGGAGAGCCUGAUUGCUCUUGGCCCAACACGUGCAUGGCAGCAACGGAACUUGCGACAGUUUUCACAGCAGCAGCAGCAGCAGCAGCAGCAGCAGCAGCAGCAGCAGUUGAACACACCUGCUCAAGGCAAUCCAAGUGGCCCACAGGGACAGGCUCCAUGGGCACGCGCAUUUCCUGCUGGAGGCGCCCCUGUUGCACCCGUUCAUGUCGCAAGCGCAGGUGUCCCUCCCCCUCAUCGCGCCACCCUGCCAUCACCUGCACCCCUUCCACUGCCUCCUCAACCUACAUCGCUGGCGCGUGCACGAACUCCUGGCAGGGGACCCCGACUGCUGCCGCCUGCUCCCCCUCCCCCUCCUCCCUUUGGCGCGCCUCCCCUAACAGAAUACAACGAGGAAUUGCAAGAGCUGCUCAGCAGGCGCAGUGUGACAACGCUGUUGACAUCGGAGUUCCGCCAUCGACUGGAGCAUCUCAUCCACUCCUUCAUCACGCUGCGAAGGCCCUUGGCUGCUGCCACCGUCGUGCCCUCGCCCGCCGCCGCUAUAACCCCUGUGCAGCGCCGACAGCAGCAGAGGCAGCAGCGGCGACAGCAGCAGCAGCAGCAGCAGCGGGAGGAGGAACUGAACGGAGGCCAAGUUAAUGGGAAUGAGGGCGGGGGAUCAGAAGUGCCAGCUCGUGCAACUGCAGGUCGCCGGCCACCGAUCCCUCCCCCACCUCCCCAGACUCCCCUCUGGCAGAUGCCCUUCCACACUCCUGCUGGCCCGCCCAUGGGUGGAGGGAUGGGAGUGCGAGGGGCACAUGCAUAUGGUGGAGGGUUCAACCAGCACCACACACAGCGCUACAUGGACCAUGGGUGGUUGGAGGUGCGUGACGAGGUGAGGGGCAUGGAGGCGAGGAUGCAGGAGCAGAUGCAGCGUGUGGAGCAGGCCAUGGAGGUGUGCCUCUCCAUGAUGUCUGAGCUGCUGCGCGCACAGCGCCAGGAGCUAGCCGGGGCACUGCGCCGCGUCUAUGACUCCGGCAGAGGUGUGCCACAGGAGGCACUGGAUGGACAUAAAUGGGCUCUCAUUCGCUCCGGCACUUGCUGUGUCUGCUGCGACAAACCCAUUGACUGCUUGCUGUAUCGGUGUGGUCACAUGUGUGCAUGUGUGGAGUGUGCAAACGAGCUCAAGAGGCGGGACCAGAACUGCCCCAUGUGCCGUGCACCCAUUGUGGAAGCAGUCAAAGCUUACACAGCUGCAAGCGGGCAUAUCUGA